CGGAGGGAGGAUGCUCAUGCCCAGAGCGAGCCCAGCCUCUCCGCACGGCAGGACGAGCGUCAGCCCGCGCGCUCCUCUGGCACAGGGAUGUACUGUGGGAGGGGGGGGGUCGGGCAGCAGCGAGCCACCAUCCCCUCCGCCACUGAGAGCUCCUUCACGCAGAGCAACUGCACAGGACCGUGCGCAGGGCUGCUGCGCUGCGCCCGCGCUCCUCGAAGCGACGUCUGUUGGAGCCUAUGGACCUGCCUCUGUUUGUUCGCGAACAGCCCCAAUCCGGCCGAGGGAAGAGUCCCCCUCUUGCGUCUUUUCUGUGUUUUUAAGUAAUUCUCCAGUCUGUGUGGUGGGGGUCGGAGGCAGCGGGGGUUGUCGGGAGGGUUCUUUCUCUUUUGUCAAGCGCGAACAAGCCAAACUUCUGCCAUGGCACUGGUGAUGGAGCCCGUGAGCAAGUGGAGCUCCGGUCAAGUGGUCGACUGGAUGAAAGGCCUGGACGACUGCCUGCAGCAGUACAUCAAGACCUUUGAGAAGGAGCAAGUAGGGGGGGACCAGCUGCUGCGCAUCACCCACCAGGAGCUGGAGGAUUUGGGAGUGUCCAGAAUCGGCCACCAGGAGCUCGUACUGGAAGCUGUGGACUUGCUCUGUGCGCUGAAUUAUGGGCUGGAGACUGAGAAUCUGAAGACACUAUCUCAUAAGCUCAAUGCAUCUGCCAAGAACCUGCAGAACUUCAUCACGGGCAGGCGGCGCAGCGGCCAUUACGACGGCCGAGCCACCCGCAAGCUGCCCAAUGACUUUCUUACCUCGGUGGUGGACCUGAUCGCUGCAGCCAAAAGCCUUCUGGCAUGGCUGGACAGAUGCUCCUUCUUUUUCAGGUCCCCAUUUGCUGCAGUGGCGGAUUACUCCAUGACCAGGAACAAUGUGAUCCAGCUGUGUCUGGAGCUCACAACAAUUGUACAGCAGGACUGCUCUGUGUACGAAGCUGAAAACAAAAUCCUGCAUGUGUGUAAAACUCUAUCUGAAGUUUGCGACCACAUUAUCUCUCUGUCCUCGGAUCCCAUGGUGUCCCAGGCUGCACAUUUGGAGGUUGUGCAGCUACCCAACAUAAAGUCCACUGAAGGCCUGGGCAUGUAUAUCAAAUCAACGUAUGAUGGUUUGCAUGUGAUCACCGGGACGACAGAGGGAUCCCUGGCUGACCGCUGUAAGAAAAUCCAUGCCGGAGAUGAAGUCAUUCAGGUUAAUCAUCAGACAGUGGUGGGCUGGCAGUUGAAGAACUUGGUGAACUUGCUGCGUGGCGACCCUGCCGGCGUCACCCUGACGCUGAAGAAACGCCCGCAGAGCACGCUCACCUCAACCCCUGCUCUGCUCAAAAACAUGAGGUGGAAACCACUUGCUCUGCAGCCAAUCUUCCCUCAGAGCCCCGGCAGCAGUGGCGCCACGCCCACCAGCACUUUAAGCACGCCAUCCAGGAGGAGUAGCUGUGCCCUGCAGGACCUCUUUAUACCCCCACCUCCAGCAGAGCCAUACACCCCCAGAGACGACAAAGGGAAUCUGCCGGGUGACGAUCCUCAAUCGGACCUCCAUGUCGCAGAGGGGUCUGAGUCACCAAACUCCUACCUGGACCAGGAGUGUGGGCGGCGCUUCCCUCUGGUGGAGGAGGAUGCUAUACUCUACUGUUACGAGUAUGACCAGAGCCAAGAGGUGUCAUCAGUCCGCAGGGGGAGCACUCCCACCUAUGGCAGGCUCAGGCCCAUCUCAAUGCCAGUUGAAUAUAACUGGGUGGGAGACAACGAAGACCUGGCCAAGCUGAAGAGAGAGAGCAGGAGAGAAAACUCCUUGCUGCGUUUUGCGAGCGAGGAUAAAGCGCCAGCAGAGGACUUCCUGCUGGGACGCAGCAUGAGUCAGAACAGGAGGAAGACAGAGCGAGGAGGGAGCCCCACCCAUUACACGCUCAUACCCGCCCUCCAGAUGGAAGUUUCCCUGUCCACAUCCAGCUCGGACUCUGCCUCGCUCUACCAUGUGUUUGAGCGAUCCUCGAUGUUGUCAAGGUCAAAGAAGAAGAGUAAAGCUGAGAGCCCCAUGUCUUCCAUCAGUAAGCGGCGGAUAUCCUGCAGGGACUUGGGUCAUGGGGACUGCGAGGGCUGGCUGUGGAAAAAGAAGGAUGCUAAAACAUAUUUUUCACAGAAGUGGAAGAAGUACUGGUUCAUCCUGAAAGACACAUGCCUGUACUGGUACAUGAAUGAGGAGGAUGAGAAAGCCGAGGGCUUCGUCAGCCUCUCAGAGUUCAAGAUUGAUCGAGCCACUGAGUGCAGGAGGAAGUUUGCCUUCAAGGCUUGCCAUCCGAAGAUAAAAACCUUCUACUUUGCAGCGGAAAAUGUAGACGACAUGUCCCGGUGGCUGAGUCGUCUCAGCAUGGCAGUGGCAGGCUUCUCCGAGCAGGAGAAAAUUCGGCAGGACCAAGAUUACUGGAGUGAGAGUGAUCAUGACGACAUGGAAAUGCCCUCGAUGCCAAAGCAGGACAGUCCGCCGCCACCGUAUGACACUUUCCCAAGAGCAUCCUCGGUGAGUCCAUACAUGGAACCAAAACGUGGCCAUCUCUCCUCCUCUGACACGUUCCAGUCCCGUUCUUCUCAUGAAGAGUUCCACUCGGAGCCGCACGAGGGCAGCAUGAGCAACAACAGCGUCUCCCCUGGGCAGAAGACGAGCAGCCAUCGAAACUCGUGGCACGACCAGAUGGAGAGCAACACAAGGAUGCACUACCUCCAGACGUUUCCCGUAGAGGAAUCCCUGUUGUCGGAUGACAGGGACCACUUGCCGAUGGAGUACCGCAGGCAGUCCACCCUGCCUGCGCCACGCAGCCUGCUGCAGGAACAAUACAGAGCCCUGCCUCUGCCCCUAAGAGCCAGUAUGGAUUCAGAGGCGGGAGGCAAACCCCGCAGUUUCACGCUACCCAGGGACAGCGGGCUCCACGCCAUUCUGACCGCCACUGCCGCUGUAUCGGAUCCGAGAGAGACCCAGCACUACCAGCGGGACCGGGUCAGAGACACAGGUCAUGGGCGGGACUGCAGGAUGCAGGCAGACUCUCUGGGGGAUUUGUACCGGGCUCUGGAGCAGACAAGUCUGUCCAGCUCGGCUGAUCACAGAUCAGCCAGCCGCCUGGAGUACAAGCGCUCAUUUGUCCGACGAGUUAAUGACCCCCUGCUAAAUGACAAGCUUCAUCGCCUCCGGAUCCUCCACAGCUCACUGAAGAAUGUCCCUCUUCAAGACACAAACCGUUCCUUGGGUUUUUUAGGGUAACGUGAGGAUCAGUGUGUUGAUAAAACCUUGACUGUAUCGCCUCUGCCUGUGCCUCACACAGCCAGCAUCCCUCUGCUGGAGAUAAAAAGGCACCAGAAACCAUCUUCUCCCUGCUUGGCUCCAUCUGUUCUCCUUUUACUGCUCCCUCAACCUCGCUUAUUGUGCAGGAGCACAAAGACUUGGUGUCCCUCUCCGCCUGACCUCACAGUUUUAAAGAUGAGGGCUGUCACAAAAAGGAAAAAGAGAUGUCUGGCUCGAUAAAGUAACUUGUGGACUCAAAGGGUUUCUGACUGGCAUAUAAGCACUUUAUGUCCUCGUCAAAGAUUUUGUCGGAGAGCUUUGCAAUUCAUCGCUCACGUGCAUGGCCUCCUUCCUUCACUUCUGCUGAAUCGUUUUCGAGCAUCAUGCAGGAGUUGUGUACAGCCGCUCUGAAAGGGCUGGUGGAAGAAUUAAAAGCAAACCUAUUUCGGAUGUACACCACAUUUUGUUAUGCAUGUGUGUAUGAUUAAUAGGUAUGUUUGUUUAAUGAGUGUACAGGGUGUUAUAUAUAUUUAAUAUUACGUUACUACAACAACAGUGACUACACAAUGUUUUGGGGUACUUACAGUAUACAAAUUGUAAAACAAGUGCUGUGCCUCAGUGAUUGUGAGUGUACAUUGUACUUUUCCAAGAGAGAUGAGGGAUGAUGUGGAAGGGAAGCUAUUCUUCAAAACAGAGGCACAAAACUAUAACGCCUGGCAAUAAUGAACUAGUCUUGUAAAUUACAAAGGAAUGAUCAGAAUAGUUGUCUAUUUUUGUAUGCAUGCCGUCAACCCGACUGUUUGUAAGAGUUUUGUAUUUCUAUGCGUGUUCAGUUUGGAAAAUACUUGGUUCCAUCCCUCUACCACAUUGUGUUUCUUGUUUUACAGUUUUUCCUGGAAGAGUUGUUUUUUUUUCAAGCGUACACCACAAAAAGAGAAACAUUUUUAUUUAUUAAGUGUUUAAUGUACAAGCAUGCUUUGUAUAACUAAAACACACUACCAUGUCAUUUGAAAUUGACUGACAUUUCUCAAGUGUGCCAGAUUGUAGCUACAUUACUCUUUUCAUUAAAUAAAGUAUGGCACGGGCACACAUAA